CACAACCUAUUCUUUAGUUCCAAGAACAUGAUGAUAAAAUAUACAAAUACCCACCUCAUUUCAAUCUCAAUCUCAAAGAAUAUCCAGUCACCAAUUGCCAGACUGUUGUUUUGUUUCCACCACCAUUUCCAUUCCACAUUCCUAUUCAAAUUCUCCAAAACCUCAGUAUAAAUACACCUUCAUCCCCUCGUAAACUGCAACAAAGUUUCAAGGCCAUGGCAAACCCAAGCCUCAUUCUCCUCUCAUCCUUCCUUUUCUGCCUCCUCCUCUCCUCUGCUUCUGCUCAACUCCGGCAGGAUUUCUACAAGGACACAUGCCCUAAUGUUGAGUCUCUAGUUCGGUCUGCUGUCCAGAAGAAAUUCCUGCAAACCUUUGUGACCGCCCCUGCCACCCUCCGCCUUUUCUUCCAUGAUUGCUUUGUUCGGGGUUGUGAUGCAUCAGUGAUGCUAGCAUCACCAAAUGGUCGUGCAGAGAAGGAUCAUGGGGACGAUAUAUCCCUGGCCGGAGAUGGAUUCGACACAGUGAUUAAGGCCAAGGCAGCAGUUGACAGUGAUCCUAAAUGCACCAACAAAGUCUCAUGUGCAGACAUUCUUGCCUUGGCUACUAGAGAUGUUGUAGCAUUGGCAGGGGGGCCAUCUUAUAAAGUGGAACUGGGGAGAAGAGAUGGAAGAAUAUCUACAAAAGCAAGUGUUCAGCAUAAGCUGCCUCACCCUGAUUUUAGCUUAGACCAGCUUAACACCAUGUUUUCCUCUCAUGGUCUCACCCAGAAAGAUAUGAUUGCACUAUCAGGUGCACACACAAUUGGGUUCUCUCAUUGCAGCCGCUUCUUCAAGAGAAUCUACAGGUUCAGCAAUCAAAACAGAAUUGACCCAACACUCAAUGCAACCUAUGCUCUGCAGCUGAGGCAGAUGUGCCCAACAAGGGUGGACCCAAGAGUUGCCAUUAACAUGGACCCGACCACGCCUCAGACCUUUGACAAUGCCUACUUCCAAAAUCUUCAAAAGGGUAUGGGUUUGUUCACCUCUGAUCAGGCACUGUUUACAGACACAAGAUCAAGGCCUACUGUGAAUCAAUUUGCAGCAAGCAAUGCAGCUUUUGGGAGGGCUUUUGUGAGUGCUAUCACUAAGCUUGGAAGAGUGGGGGUGAAGACUGGAAACCAAGGCGAGAUUAGGCAUGACUGCACCAGCGUGAACUAGAAGGAAGCCCAUGACUCAUUUUAGGAAGAUUGUAGGGUUUUUCUUUUGGUUUCUAACUAAUUUGCAUUUGGGUUUUUCAAGUUUUGUAAGAACAAUCAAUAAGAGGGUUUGUCAUCCUUCUGUAAUCUUUUAAGAAAUUUGAUUCUAUGGAUUGGAUUGAUCAAUGCCAAA